AUGAACAAUAAAAGAUCAAGAAAUUCUAAUGAAGAUGAAGUUGAAACCAAUCUGAGUAAACGAUCCAACAUAGACCAAUCAAAUGAUUUGAACAAAACAGAUUCAAUUGAACUAAAUCGACCAAUCAAUCAACUUGAUGAAAAUGAAAAACCAAAUGAUAAAUUAACUCAAGAAGAAGAAAAAGAAGCAAAAGUUAAAGCAAGUGAAACCGAUGAUGAAAAAGAUCAGGGAGAAGAAGAUGACAAAGAGGAAGAGGAAGAGCAAAAAACAAAAAUCGUCAAAGGAAAAGGAAAAGGAAAAGAAAUCUCAGUGGAUGAUUCCACUGAAGAAACAGUGGAUGAUUCCACUGAAGAAAAUCGUUCAAGUUCAAAAGGUAAUACCUCUGAACAAGACCAUCAAACAGUUGAUCCGUCUGCUUCAACGGCUGUUUUCGCAAAUGGAGAUUGGCAAGCCAUUUAUGAUUACCAACAAACAGCUUAUUAUUAUGUAAACACCAAAACAGGAGAAAGCACAUGGCAAAACCCAUUCGAAAGCACAACUUUGACCACCAAUUCUUCAAUUCAAAUCAACACUUCUUCAUCAUUAAAUGGAAUUCAUCCAGAAUUAGCUUACUUAGAUUCAAGUUUAUCAUUAAAUGAGAAUCGUUCAUUAAGCUUUAAAGCUCAGUUUAAUUCUAGAACUGGUCAAUUUCAAUCUUCUACUGAUUUACCAAAUGGAAAUCGGUUUACUGAAAUCGAAAGAUCUAGAACUCAAGCUAAAGCUUAUUUCGAUGUAGAAGGUUGGGAAAAAAGGUAA